AUGGCUCCCUCAGUCCAUCUGGUCCUCCUUCUCACUCUCUGGCUGAGCCUGGCGGAGACUCCGGCAUCUGUGCCUGUCCACCAGGGACGAGGAGGCUGGACCCUCAACAGUGCCGGCUACCUGCUGGGCCCCGUGCCCCCUCUGCCGCGGACGGCUGGCCAGGACGGGAGGAGGGCGCCGGCGCUGGAGCUCCUGCAGCUGUGGAAGGCCGUGGAUGGGCUCCCCUAUUCCCACCCUCAGACCUCCAAGAGGAGUCCGAUGGAGGCUUUUGCCAACACAGAGAUUGGAGGUAAGAUGGGGAGACGUGGAAAAGACAUCCUAGGAAGACCCCAAAAACCUGGACUAUCUUCUGGAGGGCUUCUCCCAUGA